GCGUCGUCUCUUUAGCUAGCCUAGAAGCUAAAGUUAUGAUGCUUUGACGCGAUUUUUCAGGUCAUUUGUAGCUUUUAAAACAUCUCAGUUGAAGCCAUGACGACUAUAAAAGACGGAGAGUACACGGCCACGAUCUACAAACUGAUUAAAGACAGUCAGUAUGUAGAAGCAAUACACAUCCUGAACGGGCAGCUUCAGAAACACACCAAGUCCAGGGCGGCGCUCUCUCUGCUGGGUUACUGCUACUAUCACAUCCAGGACUUCACCAAUGCGGCGGAGUGCUACGAGCAGCUCACCCAGCUGCACCCGGAGGUGGAGGAGUACAAGGUGUACUACGCCCAGUCCCUGUACAAAGCCUGUGCUUAUCCCGAAGCCACCAAGGCCUCCUUCGCACUGGACACCCCAAGCAGUCACACCAAGAUGGUCAAGCUACAGGCCUGCAUCAAAUAUUGUGAGGAAUAUUACUCGGCUGCUAAGUCACUGCUGGAGCAGCUGCCCCCGGACGACCCGGACUACAUCUACAAUAUGGGCUGUUUGCUUUACCAGGACGGCAAGUACGAGGAAGCCUGCAAGAGGUUCAUGUCUGCCAUGCAGGUGCUGGGAUACAUGCCAGCGCUGUCCUACAACAUCGCCCUGUGUUACUACAACCUGAAGAACUACGACCAGUCCCUCAAAUACAUCGGAGAGAUCAUAGAGCGAGGCAUCAGGGAACAUCCAGAGCUGAGCAUCGGGAUGACGACAGACGGCAUUGACGUCCACAGUGUGGGCAACACCCUGGUGCUGCAUCAGUCCGCCCUGAUCGAAGCAUUCAACCUCAAAGCUGCCAUCGAGUACCAGCAGAAGAACUUGAAGGGAGCUCAGGAGGCUUUGACAGACAUGCCCCCCAGAUCAGAUGAGGAGUUAGACCCGGUGACGCUCCACAACCAAGCUCUGUUGAACAUGGACAUGAAGCCAUCGGAGGGCUUUGAGAAACUCGCCUUCCUGCUGCAGCAGCCGUCCUUCCCUCCCGUCACCUUCGGGAACCUGCUGCUGCUCUACUGCAAACACGAGUAUUUCGACCUGGCAGCAGACGUCUUGGCAGAAAACGCACAUCUCACCUACAAGUUCCUCUCACCAUACAUGUACGAGUUUCUCGACGCCUUGUUGACCUGUCAGACGGCACCAGAGGAGGCGUUCAGGAAGUUUGAUGAGAUGAACGCCAAACUGACCGAGCAGUUACGCAAACUGGCCAAGCAGGUGCAGGAAGCCCGGCUGGCUCGAGACGAUGAAGGACAGAAGAAAGCUCUGCAGGACUACGACCUGAUGCAGGAGAAGUACAUCGUGGUCCUGAUGGCCCAGGCCAAGAUCUACUGGAACCGAGAGAACUUCCAGAUGGUGGAGAAGAUUUUCCGCAAGUCGGUGGAGGUCUGCAACGAGGACGACACCUGGAAGCUCAACGUGGCUCACGUGCUCUUCAUGCAGAACAAAUACAAGGAGGCCAUCGGCUUCUACGAGCCCAUCGUCAAGAAACACUACGAUAACAUCCUGAACGUCAGCGCUGUCGUCCUGGCCAACCUGUGUGUGUCCUACAUCAUGACGAGUCAGAACGAAGAGGCCGAAGAGCUGAUGAGGAAGAUCGAGAAAGAGGAGGAGCAGAUAUCCUACGACGACCCCGACAAGAAGGUCUUCCACCUGUGUAUCGUCAACCUGGUCAUCGGCUGGGAACGGACACAUGGUUCUACGCCAAGCGGUGCUUCCUGUCUCUGCUGGAGAACAUGUCCAAACAUAUGGUCAUGCUGAGGGACGCUGUGGUACAGGAG